UAUCCACGACACUCCAAACCCCAAUCCCAGCAAUCCGGGAGCCCCCCAAACCCACCUUGGACCCCCCAAGUCCCGGGCAGGGUCAGCAGCAGCAGCCAAUGGGAGCGAGUGCUGCUGAUGCGUCAUCAGCUGCCGGGCAGACCUGUCCGGAACGGAGCCCUCCCCGAGCUCAGCCAAUCAGAGAUCGCCCUCAACUCAUUUUGGGGACCCGUGGGAGCUGCGGGAGCUCCGGAUGGGCAUUUUUGGGUUGCCCUGAGCUUUGGGAGCCCUGGCUGGGCAUUUUUGGUGGGCCCUGAGCUCCCCCCUCCCCCGCAGCCCACGGACCCCCCCGAACCCCCCAGCCCCGGGGCUGCCGCGGGGGCCCCCAACGGCCCUCAGCCAAUCCCAAAGCGCCCACGCCGCCCGCGCCCAAUCCCAGCGCGCCGCGCUGAUGACUCAUCAGUCGCCGGGAAGACGCCUCGAAAAAAGGGCCCCAACUGCGCCCUCAGCCAAGCCCAGCGCGCCCCAAACCCCCCAAAACGGCGCCGCCCGGCUGGUUUUGGGCUGUCAGCAGCUGUCCGGCGCUGGGCAUGGAGCGUGUGCGGGGAGCUGGGGCCGUGCUGGCGGUGCUGGUGGUGCUGGGAGCCCCCCCGGCUGCGGGCGAGGAGCUGUCGGGGGUGUUCCAGAGGAUGGUAAAGUCCGAGUGUCACUUCAUCAACGGCACCGAGUGGGUGAGGUACAUGGAGAGGCACAUCCACAACCGGGAGCAGUUCGUGCAUUCCGACAGCGAUGUGGGGAUCCAUGUGGGGGACACCCUGUAUGGGGAGAUCCAGGCCAGGUACUGGAACAGCCAACAGGUAUAUCUCGAAUACAAAUGGGCUCAAGUGGACAACUACUGCCGGCACAACUACAAGGUGUUCACCCCGUCCAGCGUGGAGAUAAGAGCCCGGACCUGCUCGGACUUCAUGGGACAGGUUUGA